AUGACUUCACUGGAGUGGCUGCCUGCUGCCUGCUGCCCAAGAGUCUACAGCGCUACAACAACCAACCUGAGAGUCUCUCACCACCACAGUAAACUCAUUCUGUGCCGUAAAAAAGCAGGAAGAAUGUUGGGCUUCAUCACGGACUUCUUCACCUAUGAGACGACCAAGUCCGUGGUGGUGAAGAGUUGGCUGGUCGGCUCCAUCAACCGCUUCGUGCAGCUCCUCAUCAUCAUCUACUUUGUCGGUUGGGUGUUUCUGCAUGAAAGGUCCUAUCAAACUAAAAGCACCGGGAUAGAGUCAGCAGUCAUGACCAAAGUCAAGGGCUUCGGUCGCUAUAACAACCAGGUCAUGGACGUGGCCGACUAUGUGGUUCCUCAACAGGGUACCUCAGUAUUCUGCAUCAUUACCAGAUUGAUCGUGACAAUAAACCAAACACAAGGAGUUUGUCCACAGUAUGGCAGGAGGUACGUGUGCACCCAGAAUUCUGACUGUGACAAACACCUGGGAUCAAACCUGGCCAAUGGUAUUUUUACUGGAAACUGUUUGACAGGCUAUUGUGAGAUUGAAGGCUGGUGCCCUACAGAAAAUGACACGGUCCAGACGGAGUACAUGGAGGAGGUGGAGAACUUCACCAUUUUCAUAAAGAAUAGUGUUCGCUUUGCCCACUUUGAUAUCACCAGGGGGAACUUCCCAGCUGAUAUUGACAUCAAGUGUAUUUAUCAUCCUGUUGACCACCCUUACUGUCCAGUCUUCAGGGUGAGAGACAUCCUUACACAUGCAAACGAGAGCUUUAGCACCAUUGCUCGACAGGGCGGGCAAAUUGGUAUUCAUAUCCGCUGGAUGUGUGACUUCGACCAGGCUCUGGAUCGCUGUAAGCCUUCCUACUCCUUCACGAGACUGGACGACGUGUUUGAGAAUAACACUAUUUCCAAAGGUUACAACUUCAGGUUUGCAAAAUACUACAAGACGCCAGACGAAGAGGACUAUCGCACGCUCCACAAGGCCUUUGGCAUCCAUUUUGAUGUCAUGGUUUCUGGCCAUGCUGGAAAGUUUGAUGUAAUCCCAACACUUAUUAACAUCGUGGCAGCUUGCACCUCAGUGGGACUGGCAACUGUCCUCUGUGAUAUCAUUCUUCUGAACUUUUUAAGAGGGGCAGAUCAGUACAAGGCAAAGAAGUUUGAGGAGGUCUCUGAGGUUGACAUUCAUGCGGAGAGCCGAAGUCAAAGUCUUCUAACUCUCAAGAAUGAGGGAAAGAUCUCUGAAGAUUCUGAAACCGUUGCUAACGGUCAGCAGCUUUGAGUGACACGCCACUGAAACACCUCGACCUAUGACCCCGACCUAUGACCUCGACCUGUGACCUCGACCUAUGACCUUGACAUAGCCUUUUCUCCCACACUGUCUUUCUCUUUGUCAGAAAGAAACAAAUAACCUGCAUGCCUCUCCCUUUAUGGCAAGGUAUAUUUAUAUAUACUAUUUAAUGUCAAAAUCAACACAAAGCCUUUUCUGUUCUGUUCAUCUAUGUCUUCUUUAAACAUAUCAGCAAUCCUUUUUUGA